AGAGUGAAUACAUAUACAGGAUAUUUUCUCGGACUUUUUGUUGCUAAUUUGCCUCAGUGUUAUCGGAAAGUGGACAACCCCCGUGCGAUACCAAUUGAUAAAAAAAGUGGUGUAGUUUUAAAGUGAAGUGGAGAAAACCCUUUCUUAAUUUAGUGGCACGUAGAACAGUUUAGAGACCGUAAGCCAAUGUUGGUCAAGUGAGAGUGUUCGUGUGAAGUGUGUGGGUAGGAUGAUGCCCACGGCAGAGCGGGUGGGGGGGCCGCCCACCAGGCCGGCUCGGGGAGUGCGGCCCGCCCGCCCCCCGCCCCCAGCCGCUCACCUGUACCGUCCGCCGCCCGUCGACCACCCUCGCCAGCAUCAGCGCCCGCCGCCGCCGCCCCGCGCCUCGUGCCCCCCGCGGCCCCUCCACGUGGGCGCCAGCAACGGCCGCCACGCCCCCCGCCCGUGCGGCCACGUGGGCGGCCUCGGCGGCGGGCGCAGGGCCAAAUGGUGCGGCAAGGCGGCCUCGUGGGCGUGGCUGCCGCUCAACGCCGCCGCACGCGUCGAGUCGGCGCUCAACACCUGCUGGCCCGCGCCGUCGCUGCACGUGCUGCUGGCCUGUCUGCCCUGCCUUGCCCCUUCCGCCGCGCGGUUCCUCUCGCUGGAAGCCGUUGUGGAAGCCGGAUUUAAGCCUGGUAAAUCUGCGUGCGUGAAGGCCAGCGACGGCACACCAAAGUCGCGCGUGUCGCCGGCGGCGGCGUCUGGCAGAAGUGUUGAAGCCUCCAUUGUUUGUAUUAGGAGUCACAGGAGGAGGUGA